CACACAUAUGUUGGCCACUGGAAGCAGUAAAUGCAGGUGUUUGUGUCAAUGAACAACAGCCAUAAAAGGAGCAGAACCAACUUGUAGUGUCCAGGACUGCUGUUUCCACCUGUUUACAGGUAGAGGUGAAGGAAAAGGAGGAGGAGUCGGAGUCGGGAGAAUGAAGGCCAGCCUACAUGUAGAUCAGAGUAUACAGCCGUCAGUCUUGCUUCACAUCUCCGUUCUUCUGUGAACACCACGGUGCCAAAGUUCAGCGCUCACGACCUGGACAAUAGUGAAGAAAGACAGAAAGGCAACAGUGACGUUCAUGUUCUCAGGCAGCGUCAACUUACAGUGAUGCAAAACUAGACUUUCAGAAGACAGUGACACUACAAAACAGAAGAUCAACAUGAAGACAAAGCUCCAACGAAGGAUUGUUUCCAAGGACGGACACAAUAAUGUGCGGAUUGACAAUGUGGAAGGCAUGGUGAAGCUUUAUCUGCACGACAUCUGGACCACCGUAGUGGACAUGAAAUGGCGAUAUAAACUGACUUUGUUUGCCUCCACAUUUGUAUUGACGUGGUUCAUCUUUGGGGUCAUCUUUUAUUUGAUUGGCAUGGGCAACGGCGACUUUGACAAUAAUCGGAAUUCCACCCAAGUGCCCUGUGUGAUGAAUGUAGAGACCUUGACUGGAGCCUUCCUCUUUUCUUUAGAAUCACAGACCACCAUUGGCUAUGGGUUUCGUUACAUCUCGGAGGAAUGUCCUCUGGCUAUCUUUACUUUGGUGGCUCAACUGGUCAUCACUGGCCUAGCUGAGAUCUUCGUCACCGGCGCAUUUUUAGCCAAACUGGCUCGGCCCAAAAAGAGAGCAGAGACCAUCAAGUUCAGCCAAGUGGCGGUGAUCUGCCAGCGACAAGGCAAGAUGUGUCUGAUGGUGAGAGUGGCCAACAUGAGGAAAAGCCUUCUGAUCCAGUGUCAGCUAACAGGAAAGCUCCUUCACUCCAAUGUCACCGAAGAAGGUGAGAAGACCCAGAUCCACCAGAGCUCUGUAGACUUUCAGAUGGACUCAAGUGGGGAGUGUCCUUUUCUCAUUCUGCCGCUCACUUUCUACCAUGUUCUGGACGAGAAAAGCCCAUUGGCAAGUCUGACAGCAGAAAAUCUCAAAGUUCGGGACUUUGAACUGCUGGUCACCCUCAACGCUACAAUGGAGUCGACGGCAGCCACAUGUCAGAGUCGCACAUCUUACAUCCCUCAGGAAAUCCUCUGGGGCUACGAGUUCAAGCCAGUGCUUUUCAGUACAAGUGGUGGACGUUAUGUGGCAGAUUUCAAAUUUUUCGACAAAGUCCAUAUAAGCAGUGAUGGAGCCUUACUCAAAAACAACACAGAGAAGCUGAAACUGGAAGAGGAGUUUAAAAAAGAUUGAACAAUAAAAGUAUUUGUUUUUUAGACUGUGAAUCUGGAUUAAUUGGCAAGUAUGUAAUCACUUUACGUAAUUAUUGUAGUAUCCUGUGCAAGUCUUUUUUUUGUAGUAAAAGUAGAGUAUUUCCUAAUAGAAUAAUAAUAUAAAAGUCUUUGUGAAUAUUUUAUAUUUCUUGAUGGUAAUCAAAAUGGGCUAAAUCAUUUUGAUAAAAACUAAAGUGCCUGUUACUAAGAAUUGGAAUCAAUGUUAUCUUAUAUUUUGUCUCAUAAGAUUAUUUCUUAUUGGUUUUCUUUACAUCAGUGAUUUUACUUCUGUUUUGUAGCUAAAUAUUAUCCCUUAUAAAAAAUUUCAAAUUAAUAUACUGAUGCACAGUAAAUAUUAUCUUAUGUCACUUAGUGCAAGAAAACUACUUUACUGUAUAUUGUAAUCAUCAAUGAGUAUUCAGGUAAUUAAUUUUCAGCCAGCAUUUUUCCAGAGUCCAAAAUACAGUUGGAAUUAUGUUGGAUUCAUAUGGACCUGACGGUGGCAAUUGUUGUGUACAAAAAAUUUAAAGAUGAUUAAAAAGAGUUAUUGAAGGACAACACAUUCGGUCUGCAGUUUCAACACCUCAGCUUUCAUCAGCUGUCAGCUCUUGUUGUGGCAACACACAAGCCUGAAUGUUAGUCAUUGUUUUUUGUGGUUGGUCACAACAUUCUUUCAGUCUUUCUGUAGACUCUCAACAGAGGGAUUUGACAUUUUGGUUGAGGUCUACUUUCUUGCUAUCUUGAUUUUGCUAAAUAAUAAUUAAUAGUGUGUUUUAAAUUAAUGGAAAAUUUUGUCUUUUGUUGUACAUCAACAAGUUAAAUGUUAUUGUGACUUUUCUGUUACUGCACACAUUUCCAAAUUUGGUUGACUGUGGUCAUGAUUAAUAAAAUGUGGUGCAAAAGAUUUAAAAA